AUGUCUUUGCUGGCUUGGAAUUGUCGCGGGGCGGCAAAGAAAAGGUUUUUGGGAACCUUAACUAGUAUGAUCCGAAAACACAGAAUAGAUUUGACUGCUAUUUUUGAACCUAGAAUAAGUGGUGCGAAAGCUCAAAAGAUUAUUAAAAGAACAGGGUAUAACAACUGUAUUGUGGAAGAAGCUCAAGGUUUCAUGGGAGGGAUCUGGGUUUUGUGGAACAAGGAGUUCUGUAAUGUUACGAUUUUGGAAAAGAACAUGCAAAUGGUUCAUUUGAAAGUUUGUUUCUUCGAUAAUGUUGCGUUCUUAUGCACAUUUAUUUACGCCAAUCCUAGAGAAGAGGUGAGACGUAGCCUUUGGCAGGAUCUUCGUCGGAUUGCUGAUUCUAUGAAUGAGCCCUGGCUUAUCACCGAUGAUUUUAAUGAAAUCGCUUCCCCUUUUGAGAAACGUGGAGGUGCCCCGGUAGAUUUAUAUAAAUGUAACAGAUUUGCUUCCUUGCUUACGGAUCUGAAGAUGAUUGAUUUGAAUAGUUCCGGUUCGAGAUUUACUUGGCGUGGUCCUCGUUUCCUGAAUAUGGAUAGAGUUUUCAAACAGUUAGAUCGUGCUUGCAGUAACGAUUUAUGGAGGGUUACAUUUGAGGAGGGUCAUGAACAUAUCCUGUUCAAUCAAUUUUUAAAGGACAAUUGGCACGUGCAUGGGAACAUUGCUGAUUGUUUGAAGGUUCUUACCCCUGGCAUUAAGGAGUGGAAUGAGAAAGUGUUUGGGAAUAUUAAGCAUAGGAAGAAUAAGUUGAUGAGAAGACUUGAAGGUAUUCAAAGAGCCAUUUCUGAGCACAAUAAAGAUUAUCUGGAGAAAGUGGAGUGCAAGAUCAAAGCUGAACUUGAGGAGGUCCUUGAUCAAGAGGAGUUAUUAUGGUAUGAAAAGUCUCGAACUCAGUGGAUUAAUCAAGGUGACAGAAACACGAGAUACUAUCAUACAAAGACUAUUGUCAGAAGGAAAAGAGGUAGAAUCGUGGAACUCAAGGAUGAUAAUGGAAGUUGGAUUCGUGACGAGGAAGGCCUGGUUAAGAUGACCCGCGAUUUUUAUAUUAAUCUUUUCAAAGAUGAAAGCUGUCAUCGUGAGUGGAUCAAUACUAGAUGGCCUAUUGUUCCUGAGGAAGUCAUGGAUAAAUUAAGGGUGAGUGUUACUAAGGAGGAAGUUAAAAAAGCUUUUUUCACAAUGAAAGGCUCAAAAGCCCCAGGGGAGGAUGGGUACAUAGCUGCUUUUUAUCAAAAGAACUGGAAUCUGGUAGGUGAUCAAGUCUGGAAUGCUUUCCUAGCUUAUUUGGAAAACCCGCAAACCAUUGCUGAUAUUAAUGGUACGAUUAUUACCCUUAUCCCAAAGGUUAAUAAGCCUACGUUGGUUUCUCAAUUCAGGCCAAUUUCCUUGUGCAAUGUGAUUUACAAAGGCAUGAGUAAAGUUAUAGUGGGUAGACUAAAGGAAGUAAUGGAAGCUUUGGUUUCUGAUAACCAAACCAGCUUUGUCCCAAACAGAAACUUGCAGAAUAACAUUAUUGCAGCUAAAGAGAUUGUCCAUUCGAUGACAAAGUUUAAAGGUAAGAUGGGUACUAUGGCCAUUAAAAUUGAUUUAGAGAAAGCCUAUGAUAAGCUGAAUUGGUCGUUUAUUCGUAAGGUUAUCUCUGAAAUACAGCUUCCGUCUUGGAUGGUUGAAUUCAUUAUGGCGUCUAUCACAACUAAUAGUUUCAAAGUGCUUGUGAAUGGGGGCUUGUCUGAAACUAUUAUUCCUGAACGUGGAAUUCGACAGGGUGAUCCAUUAUCCCCAUACAUCUUUGUCUUAUGUGUUGAAAAGCUAUCUCAUCUUAUUGCUCAAAGGGUUGGCAGUGGUGUGUGGAAACCGAUCAGAGUGUGUAGAGUUGGUCCAGCAGUCUCCCAUCUCAUGUUUGCAGAUGAUAUUGUCCUUUUCUCUGAAGCUUCGGUGCAGCAAAUGCAGAUAAUAAUGGAGUGUUUAGAUCUUUUUUGCAGAAUGUCUGGUCAAAGUAUAAGUGUUCAUAAGUCUACCAUUUAUUUCUCUUCCAAUACAUCUGAUGCAACUGCAAAUGCAAUUUAUGCGCUCUCUGGGUUCAAAAGAGUCAGUAGCAUUGGUAAAUAUCUGGGCUCUUUUAUCAGGCAAGGGCGAAAUUUGAAAUCAAAUUAUGCUGAUCUAAUGGAUCGGGUUCGUAAGAAACUUGAUGGAUGGAAGCAUCAAAGUUUAUCUUUUGCGGGGAGAGUCACUCUGGCUAAAUCAGUCAUUGGUGCUAUUCCCUCUUUUCAUAUGCAGAAUGGUCUUCUUCCCACUUCUGUGUGUGAUGAGAUUGAACAGCUUCAACGAAACUUCAUUUGGGGUAAUAAUAAAGCUCAUUUAGUGGCUUGGGACACAAUGUAUAAGCCGAAGGAAAUGGGAGGUCUUGGUAUUAUCAGAUUGCGUACUCAAAAUGAGGCUUAUAUUCAUAAGUUGGCUUGGAAAAUCUUAACUGACAAGGAGGAACUUUGGGUUAAGAUUUUGAGAGCCAAGUAUGGCAGAGGUAAAGAUUUGAGGCGUGAGAUAAGCUCUAAGCCUUAUGAUUCUAAACUUUGGCGGGACCUUUCUAAAUGUUGGAACAGUUUUUUAGUCGGUCUUCGAUGGGAGGUGGGUGAUGGAGAGACUAUUAAAUUCUGGGCGGAUAAUUGGUUGAAUCUGGAUGAUAAUCUUUGUAAUUUAGCUCCUAAUCACAUUCCUGAUCUGGAAUUGCAUAGAACCAUUGCUGAGAUCUUUCAGCAUGGUACCUGGGAUGUUCGAUAUUUGAAGCAAUUCUUAAAUGAUGAGCUAAUCUCUAAGGUGUUUUGCGUUCCUGUUGCUUUGGAAGAUAAUACUGAGGAUAAGAAUGUUCCCUGGAAGAAGAUUUGGGACUGGAAGGGUCCAGAAAGAAUCAAGACUAUGUGGCUGGCUAUUCUUAAUAAGCUUCCAGUUAGGAGUCGUACAUGCAAAUGGAAUGGGGGUCCUAAUUUUUGCAUUAACUGUCCAAACAGUGAAGAAACUCUUAUUCAUGUCCUUAGAGAUUGUUCUCAAGCCAAAAGAUUGUGGAUAGAUUGGUUUGGUAGAAGGGUCCCCAACGAUUUCUUCACAUUAGACCUACAACCUUGGCUCAUCAAAAAUGUGAGUAAGGGUUGGAAUUAUCAAAUUCAUGUUGAUUGGAGAGAUGUUUUCUAUGCUACUUGCUGGAAUCUUUGGAAUUGGCGUAAUCAUCAUAUUCAUGAUGAUAGUUUCCGAAGGCCAAGCAAUGAUAAGCGUGUCAUUUCUGAUUUUAUUGCGCAUUUAAUUGAAGCUAGAGAUGGUGCUUCUUCCUUAUCUAGGCAGCAUGCUAGCUGUGGAGGCCUUGCUAGAGAUCACAAUGGUGCUUUUCUGGGUGGUUUCUCUUUCAGAUUAGGUUUCUGUAAUCCUCUUGAUGCAGAACUCUGGGGUAUCCUCAAAGGCUUAGAGCUGGCCUGGGGUACUGGUGCUAGGAGAGUGGAGUUGGAAUGUGACUCAGAAAUUUCUCUUAGCACUAUCCAAGAAGGGAGCAAUAAUCACCGAAACUCUCAGGUUGUUUCCCGUUAUCGAGUGUUCCCUUUGAAAAUGGACAUUGUCUUAAAGUACGAGCCAUACAAUGUCAUGCAUGCAGUGAUGGAGGAGUCCGCACAAGGUUUUAGAAUGAUUCCAGCUUCCAAGAAUGCUAUCCAUUCUCUAAAGAAGUUCAAGGUUAUGAAACAGGAUGAGUACUGUACUAUCUACUUGGAAGAGUUCGAUGUGAGUGGUGAUAAUGAAGGCAUAGCAGUCUCAGCAAUGACCUGCGAUCACGUGUUUCACCAACAAUGUAUUAUGCAAUAG